AUGGAAAAUUAUCAAUUCGAAAGCCAAGAUACUCUUAGCCAAAGUGAACAAUCAACAUUCGAAUAUAAAUAUGAAUUAUUGCAAUAGUUUUAGUUUGUUUAAAAUGAAACUCUUAUGUUUAUAAAUAUUGAAGAAUCCGACUAAGAAGUAGACAUAACUAAAUAGAAAUAAGUCAAAACAUAAUUAUUCUUCAGAAGAACUUCCAUCAAAGAAUCUUAAGAUAGGUCAUCAUAAAUAAAUGAAAUCAAUCCCAAUCAACCUAAAAUCAAAAAACCAGAACAGUAAAUUUAAGAAAGCAAAUAAAUGAUCACUUAACAAAUAAAAAGAUCAAUGAAAAGAAGUCAGACUGCUUUUAAAAAAGAAUUUGGAUCAUUUGCGAAACAAAAUGGGUCAAAAAUAUUUUUAAAACGAGCCAAUUAAGCAAUAGUUAAUAAUUUUGAACAAAUAAGAAAAUAAAAAUCAAUUAUUACCAAUAAUAUAAAUCAAUUUGGAAAAUCACAUCUUCGAACUAUUUAAGUCAAAUACUUUAGAACGAAUCUCACAAAAGUCCUAUUUAUUGAAAAAGAAAUGACUGCAAUAGAAUUUAUUGUACUUGCAUUAAAAGAGUACACUCUUGAAAGGAAGUUUGAUUAAAAUUUAUUUGAAUACAAGAAUUACACUCUAGCUUAUCAAUUGGAAACUUUGGAGGAUCAAUUCGAAAUAGACGAAGAUCGCUUCAGAAGACCUAUAUAACGAGCAAAAAGUGUUAUUCAAAAGGAAGAAGAUAAUAUUGCUGUUAGAAGAGCCAGCUGUAAUGAAGUAUGAUAAGAAUAUUAACUAUAAAGAGAGCAAUUGCAUUCUUGGUUGAACAUUCUUUCUCAGAUUAUGAAGAUAAAACCAUCACUAUUGAUUUCCCAGUUGUUUUGAGUUGUAAAUAAGUAGAUAUUGUCGUCAAUUAAACUUGUUAGCAAACCUUUGGGGUAGAUCUAUAGACUCUUAAAAAAACAUAUGAAUAAUUUCCUGAAUAUAUCAUAUUAUUAAUAGAAGAUGCUUAAACUCAGUCUAAACUAUAAAUUAAGUGUCUCAAUAAUUCAAGACUUGAGGAUGUACUUGAUUCAUUCAAUAAUGGAUUCAAGAGCAAAAGAUCUCUCAAAGAUUACUUUUUAAGAUUAAAAUACCCAUGUAUCCAUACUGGUAUUGGCCCAUUAAGUUUGAGUACUCCAGUUAAUUAAUUACCGAUUCAUUGGUUAGUUUUGGAAAAAAAAUAUAUAAUCGAAUAUUAAACACCAAAUCUAAUAGAUUUAGGUAGGAAAUUUGAAAAUUUCAAAUAAACGAAUUAUUAUGAAGAUGGAUUUAUCUCUUGUAGUCAACAAGAUUCGCAAAUGAAAAUGGAAUCAAUAAAUUAUUUAAGUUCAUUAUAUUCUUAUCAAGAGUUUUAAUUGAUGUAAUUAAAAAAGGGAUAGCAAUAACAAGUAUUAAUUGGAAUUGAUUAUUUUGACAUUAGAAUCUUCUACAUUAAUCAUUAGAAUAAUAUAUUCUCUCAUUCUUCUUUAUUAUAGUAUAUACCAAAUUAUAUUGUAGAUAUGUUUAAGUGUAAAAAAAAAGAAGAGAAAAUUAUUAAAAUAAAGUCAAUCAAAUUAUGUUCAUUAGAUCAAAAAUAAAAUAAAUUCUAUUUCACUUAUAAAAAUUCAGUUAGUAAAUUUAAACAAUUAUGCUUUAUUCCAGAAUAAAGUAAUGAUAAAAGAUCUUAAACGAAAUUAAAUAACUAAUUUUUGGAAAGUUAUUAAAAAUUAGAUAACUUAGUAGGGUUGAGAAAAAAUCAUAUUCAAAUAGAUGAAAAUUUAAAAUGA